AUGUAUGAUCCUGAUGUUGCAUCAUACUUUCGUUACGAGAGGUCAGAGAAUGAUGAAAACCUACAACAAAUCUGUAUAUACGGAUAUUUAUUACCUCGAACUGCGCCUUACAAGUAUGGAUCAUACAAAGUUCGUAUUACAGUACCUAAAGAGUUUCCAUUCAGACGACCAGAAAUGCAAUUGUUAACGCCCAUUUAUCAUCCAGCUGUGAAAAAUAAUGGUUCAAGCUCAGAUUAUUGCAGUAAAUGUUGUAAGGAACAAUGGUCGCCCGCCACUAUGUUUGGUAGAAUGAUCGCAUUUUUUGUAAUCGCCAUUGACAAUCCAGAAGAUCCUGAAUGUUACUGUGUGAUGGAUCCAAAAGCUAAACAGCUAUACGAACAAAAUAGAACCGAGUUUGAAGCAAAUGCUUUAGAAAUGGUAACGAAAUUUUCGUACCCACGUUCAAAUGCAGCAAUAGUUUCAUUAAAAUUUGCUGCGAAACGAACCAUCUGUAAACAACUUAAUUUUGAUUGGGCAAAAAUCAAUCAACUACCAUUGCCAAAUAGUUUGAAAAAGUAUUUAGAUACAUCAAUGAACUCAAAUUAA